CAAACACGCCAACCCACCAGAGCUGCUCCAGGGACUAGAAAAUCCGCGGUGCCAUGCGGAGCAACAAUGGAGCCUGACCCGUCGGAUGCUGACGAUUACUUUGGCUGAAUAACCAAUGCCGAAUGGCCGCCGGCCGCUGACUGGUUGGAAACCCGCGCGCGCGACCAGGGCGCUAGGGGUCCUAGGGCGAUGGGUUUCGCCUCCUUUGGAUACUCCUUACGGAGACGAAAAAUUGGAGGAUGGGGGAAAUGGAGAAAAAGGAACCCCGCUUCCGCCAUCGUGUCGUCCUUACUUAUUUAACCUCUCUUCGAUCUUCAAAUCCUGCUCGUUCCGCCUACCAGCUGAACUCUUCGCCAUUCAACUUCUCUCAAGAGCGAUCCUGACCUGAAGAGAGAGGAGAGUUCCUACAGUACACUUCUGCGGCUCACAAGACUCCACUGCUCCGUCGCGACUAUGCCGCCAUUCCGCGCCGAGCACAUGGGCUCCCUCCUGCGGCCCCAGCGGCUGCUCGAGGUGAGGGAGACCAUCCGUGAGAAGGGCGUUAGCCCCGAGGAGGCGGGCCUCCCGGCAGUGGAGGAAGAGGCCGUCGGGCAUGUGGUCAAGCUGCAGCAGGAUCUGGGCUUGAAGGCCGUCACCAGCGGCGAGUAUAACCGCACGCGCUUCUGGGGUCUCAUGUGGGACGAGUUCGAAGGGACCAUCCGGCUCCAGGAUGCCGACGCCUCGCUGUUCCGCCUGUACCACCCGGACGUCGUGUCCCUCAUCGAGCCGGAGCGCAAGGUCAUGCCGGGCGACUCGGUCAUUGCGGGAUCCAAGCUCAAGCACAGCCCCGAGAAGUCGCAGUCCAACCUCCACGAGCUUCGCCUGGUGCAGAAGUUUGUGCCGCAGAGCGAGUGGCCCAACAUCAAGCUUACCAUGAUCACGCCAGCGUGGUUCCACAUGAGGUAUAAGCAGGGCCGUGCCUACACCAAGGAGGCCUACGCGAACGACGCCGAGUACUUCAAGGAUGUCGCCAGGGUGUACCAGGCCGAGCUGGAUCAGCUCUACAAGGCCGGCCUGAGGAAUGUCCAGUUUGACGACCCUGGUCUUGCCUACUUCUGCUCCGACAAGUUCCGCCAGGGUUGGGCCGAGGACAAGGAUAACAUUGGCACGGUCGAUGAUCUGCUGGAUGCGUACAUUGAGCUGUACAACGACUGCAUCAGCAAGUUGCCCGCCGACUUCCACACCGGCGUGCACCUCUGCCGUGGGAACUUCAUCGGUGGCAGGUUCUUCGCCGAGGGCGGCUACGACGUGAUUGCGCAGAAGCUCUUCACCAACCUCAAGGUCAACACCUUCUAUCUUGAGUACGACACUGAGCGGGCGGGCGGGUUCGAGCCGCUCAAGUUCCUCCCCAAGGACAAGUACGUGGUGAUUGGAGCGGUGUCGACCAAGCUGCGGGAGCUGGAAGACAAGGAGGAGAUCAAGCGGCGGAUCUACCAGGCGGCGGACUUUGUGGCCGAGGGCAGCGGCCAGACCCGCGAGGAGGCGCUCAAGCGCAUCGCGGUCAGCCCGCAGUGCGGGUUCAGCACGCAUGAGAGCGGCUACCCGCUGACCGAGGAGGACGAGAAGAAGAAGCUGGCGCUCAUCCGGCAAAUCGCCGAUGAGAUCUGGGGUGAGCCAUGAGCGGGGCGGGAAGAGGAAAACUUCUGGAGGUACGCAAUGAAUCGAGCAUGCGCUGGACGGGUUGGUCUGGCCGAGAUGACCUAGGUGUUUUAUGACUUCAACAGCAAAGGCAAAAAGGGGGGCCAAUGCGGGAGUUGAUUGGGAAGGCAUGAAGGCCGGUUCUGGAUAUCAACUUCCAACCGCCAGAGGAAUCGCCAUGGGACUAUGGAAAUAUAACAACCUGUCACGGCCGUUGCGUUAGUGACGUGCAAUAUACCUUGCUUCUCUGUCUGGAGGCGUGCC